AUGGACAACAGUGACAACAGCACCAGGGACAGUAGUAACAUCAGGGACAUUAGCAACAACAGCUCCAGUGACAGCAAUAACAACAGCGCCAGGGACAGCAGCUACAGCAGCAGGGACAACAGUUUCAAUAGCACCAGGAUCAAAAGUUACAGCAGUACCAGGGACAGGAGUUACAACAGCACCAAGGACAGGAAUAACAACAGCACCAGGGACAACAGUUACAGCAGCACCAGGGACAUCAAUUACAGCAGCACCAUGGACAACACUGACAACAGCACCAGGGAGGACAGCAGCAACAGGAGCACCAGGGACAGCAGUUACAACAGCACAAAGGACAGUUGUUACAACAGCACCGGGGACAGCAGUUACAAAAGCACCAGGGACAGCAGUUACAACAGCACCAGUGACAGGAAUUACAACAGCACCAGGGACAACAGUUUCAACAGCACCAGGGACAACAGUAACAGCAGCACCAGGGACAGGAUUUACAACAGCACCAGGGACAGGAAUAAUAACAGUUACAGCAGCACCAGGGACAACAGUGACAACAGUACCAGGGACAGUAGUAACAUCAGCACCAGGGACAUUAGCAACAACAGCUCCAGGGACAGCAGUAACAACAGCACCAGGGACAGCAGCUACAGCAGCACCAGGGACAACAGUGACAACAGCUCCAGGGACAGCAGUAACAUCAGCACCAGGGACAGGAAUAACAACAGUUACAGCAGCACCAUGGACAACAGUGACAACAGCACCAGGGACAGUAGUAACAUCAGCACCAGGGACAUUAGCAACAACAGCUCCAGGGACAGCAGUAACAACAGCGCCAGGGACAGCAGCACCAGGGACAACAGUAACGACACAACCAGGGACAGCAGUUACUGCAGCACCAGGGACAACUCUUACACCACCAGGAUCAGUUGCUACAACAGCACCAGGGACAACAGUUACAACAACACCAGGAACAGCAGUUACAACAGCACAAGGGACAGCAGUUACAACAGCACCAGGAACAGAAGUUACAGCAGUACAAGAGACAACAGUUACCACAGCACCAGGGACAGUAGUAACAACAGCACCAGGGACAGGCAUUACAACAGCACCAGGGAUAGCAGUUACAACAGCACCAGGGACAGCGGCUACAACAGCAGCAGGGACAACAGUAACAAAAGCACCAGGGACAGCAUUUACAACAGCAGGAGGGACAGCAGUUACAACAGCACAAGGGACAACAAGUACCAGAGCCCCAGGGACAGCAGUUACAACAACACCACGGACAGCAGCUACAAUAGCACCAGGGACAACAGUUACAACAGCACCAGGGACAGCAGCAACAGCAGCACCAGGGACAGCAGUGACAACAGCAACAGGGACAGGAAUUACAACAGCACCAGGGACAACAGUUUCAAUAGCACCAGGGACAGGCAUAACAACAGUUACAGCUGCACCAGGGACAUCAAUUACAGCAGCACCAGGGACAGCAGUAACAACAGCACCAGGGACGGCAGUAACAACAGCUCGAGGGACAGUAGUAACAACAGCACCAGGGACAGCAGUAACAUCAGCACCAGGGACAUUAGCAACAACAGCACCAGGGACAGCAGUAACAACAGCGCCAGGGACAGUAGUAACAACAGCACCAGGGACUGCAGCUACAGCAGCACCAGGGACAACAGUCACAGCAAUACCAGGGACAUCAAUUACAGCAGCACCAUGGACAACAGUGACAACAGCACCAGGGACAGAAGUAACAUCAGCACCAGGGACAUUAGCAACAACAGCUCCAGGGACAGCAGAAACAACAGCACCAUGGACAGCAGCUACAGCAGCACCAGGGACAACAGUAACGACACAACCAGGGACAGCAGUUACUGCAGCACCAGUGACAACUGUUACAACAGCAUCAGGGACAGCAGUUACAACAGCACCAGAGACAGGAAUUUCAAUAUUACCAGGAACAGCAGUUACAACAGCACCAGGGACAGUAGUUACAACAGCACCAGGGACAGUAGUUGCAACACCAUCAGGGACAACAGUUACAACAGCACCAUGGACAGGAGUAACAACACAACCAGGGACAGCAUCUACAAUAGCACCAGGGACAGGGAUUACAACAGCACCAGGGACAGGAAUUACAACAGCAUCAGUGACAACAGUUUCAAUAGCACCAGGGACAACAGUUUCAAUAGCACCAGGGACAACAGUAACAGCAGCACCAGGGACAGUAGUUACAACAGCACCAGGGACAGGAAUAACAACAGCACCAUGGACAACAGUGACAACAGCACCAGGGACAGUAGUAACAUCAGCACCAGGGACAUUAGCAACAACAGCACCAGGGACAGCAGUAACAACAGCGCCAGGGACAGCAGCUACAGCAGCACCAGUGACAACAGUUACAGCAGCACCAGGGACAUCAAUUACAGCAGCACCAUGGACAACAGUGACAACAGCACCAGAGACAGAAGUAACAUCAGCACCAGGGACAUUAGCAACAACAGCACCAGGGACAGCAGUAACAACAGCGCCAGGGACAGCAGCUACAGCAGCACCAGGGACAGUAGUAACAUCAGCACCAGGGACAGCAGUAACAACAGCGCCAGGGACAGCAGUAACAACAGCGCCAGGGACAGUAGUAACAACAGCACCAGGGACAGCAGGACAGCAGUAACAACAGCGCCAGGGACAUUAGCAACAACAGCACCAGGGACAGCAGUAACAACAGCGCCAGGGACAGUAGUAACAUCAGCACCAGGGACAUUAGCAACAACAGCACCAGGGACAGCAGUAACAACAGCGCCAGGGACAGCAGCAACAGCAGCAGGGACAGCAGUAACAACAGCUCCAGGGACAUUAGCAACAACAGCUCCAGGGACAGCAGUAACAACAGCACCAGGGACAUUAGCAACAACAGCACCAGGGACAGCAGUAACAACAGCGCCAGGGACAGUAGUAACAUCAGCACCAGGGACAUUAGCAACAACAGCACCAGGGACAGCAGUAACAACAGCGCCAGGGACAGCAGCAACAGCAGCAGGGACAGCAUUAACAACAGCUCCAGGGACAUUAGCAACAACAGCUCCAGGGACAGCAGUAACAACAGCGCCAGGGACAGCAGCUACAGCAGCAGGGACAACAGUUUCAAUAGCACCAGGAACAACAGUUACAGCAGUACCAGGGACAGGAGUUACAACAGCACCAAGGACAUUAGCAACAACAGCUCCAGGGACAGCAGUAACAACAGCGCCAGGGACAGCAGCUACAGCAGCAGGGACAACAGUUUCAAUAGCACCAGGAACAACAGUUACAGCAGUAUCAGGGACAGGAGUUACAACAGCACCAGGGACAUUAGCAACAACAGCUCCAGGGACAGCAGUAACAACAGCACCAGGGACAGCAGCUACAGCAGCACCAGUGACAACAGUUACAGCAGCACCAGGGACAUCAAUUACAGCAGCACCAUGGACAACAGUGACAACAGCACCAGAGACAGAAGUAACAUCAGCACCAGGGACAUUAGCAACAACAGCUCCAGGGACAGCAGUAACAACAGCACCAGGGAUAGCAGCUACAGCAGCACCAGGGACAACAGUAACGACACAACCAGGGACAGCAGUUACUGCAGCACCAGGGACAGCAGUUACAACAACAUCAGGAACAGCAGUUACAACAGCACCAGGGACAGCAGUUACAACAGCACCAGGAACAGCAGCUACAGUUGCAUCAGGGACAACAGUUACAACAUCACCAGGGACAGCAGCAACAGCAGCACCAGGGACAGCAGUUACAACAGCACAAAGUACAGUUGUUACAAAAGCACCAGGGACAGUUGUUACAAAAGCACCAGGGACAGCAGUUACAACAGCACCAGGGACAGGAAUUACAACAGCACCAGGGACAACAGUUUCAAUAGCACCAGGGACAACAGUAACAGCAGCACCAGGGACAGGAGUUACAACAGCACCAGGGACAGGAAUAACAACAGCACCAGGGACAACAGUUAGAGCAGCACCAGGGACAUCAAUUACAGCAGCACCAUGGACAGCAGUUACAACAGCUCCAGGGACAGAAGUAACAACAGCACCACGGACAGCAGCUACAGAAGCACCAGGGACAACAGUUACAGCGGCACCAGGGACAUCAAUUACAGCAGCACUAUGGACAACAGUGACAACAGCACCAGGGACUGAAGUAACAUCAGCACCAGGGACAUUAGCAACAACAGCACCUGGGACAACAGUUACAACAGCACCAGGGACUACAGUAACAACUGCCUCAGUGACAGCAGUUACAACAGCACCAUGGACAGCAGCCACAACAGCACCAGGGACAGCAGUUACAACAGCACCAGGGACAACAGUAACAACAGCACCAGGGACAGCAGUCACAACAGCACCACGGACAGCAGUUACUGCAGCACCAGGGAUAACUGUUACAACAGCAUCAGGGACAGCAGUUACAACAGCACCAGGUACAGGAAUUAUAACAGCACCAGGGACAACAGUAACAACAGCACCAGAGACAGUAAUUACAACAGCACCAGGGACAGUAGUUACAACACCACCAGGACCAGUUGGUACAACAGCACCAGGGACAACAGUUACAACAACACCAGGAACAGCAGUUACAGCAGCACCAGGGACAGCAGUCACAACAGCACCACGGACAGCAGUUACUGCAGCACCAGGGAUAACUGUUACAACAGCAUCAGGGACAGCAGUUACAACAGCACCAGGGACAGGAAUUAUAACAGCACCAGGGACAACAGUUACAACAGCACCAGGGACAGUAAUUACAACAGCACCAGGGACAGUAGUUACAACACCAACUGGAUCAGUUGGUACAACAACACCAGGGACAACAGUUACAACAACACUAGGGACAGCAGUUACAACAACACCACGGACAGCAGCUACAGUAGCACCAGGGACAACAGUUACAACAGCACCAGGGACAGCAGUAACAGCAGCACCAGGGACAGCAGUUACAACAGCGCAAGGGACAGUUGUUAUAACAGCAUCGGGGACAGCAGUUACAAAGGCACCAGGGACAGCAGUUACAACAGCACCAGGAACGGGAAUUACAACAGCACCAGGGACAACAGUUUCAAUAGCACCAGGGACAACAGUUUCAAUAGCACCAGGGACAACAGUAACAGCAGCACCAGGGAAAGGAGUUACAACAGCACCAGGGACAGGAAUUACAACAGCACCAUGGACAACAGCUACAGCUGCACCAGGGACAUUAGCAACAACAGCUCAAGGGAUAGCAGUAACAACAGCACCAGGGACAGCAGCUACAGCAGCACCAGGGACAAUAGUAACGACACAACCAGGGACAGCAGUUACUGCAGCACCAGGGACAACUGUUACAACAGCAUCAGGGACAGCAGUUACAACAGCACAAGAGACAGGAAUUUCAACAAUACCAGGAACAGCAGUUACAACAGCACCAGGGACAGUAAUUACAACAGCACCAGGGACAGUAGUUACAACACCAUCAGGGACAACAGUUACAACAGCACCAGUGACAGGAGUAACAACACAACCAGGGACAGCAUCAACAACAUCACCAGGGACAGGGAUUACAACAGCACCAGGGACCACAGUUACAACAGCACCAGGGACAGGAAUUUCAACAGCACCAGGGACUGCAGUUACAACAACACCAGGGACAGUAGUUACAACAGCACCAGGGACAACAUUUACAACAACACCAUUGACAGUAGUUACAGCAGCACCAGGGACAACAGUACCAGAGAUAGUAGUUACAACAGCACCAAGGACAGCAGUCACAACAGCACCAUGGACAGCAGUUACAACUGCACCAGGAACAGCAGCUACAACACCAGUAGGGACAGCAGUUACAACAGCACCAGGUACAGUAAUUACAACAGCACCAGGGACAACAGUAACAACAGCACCAGGGACUGUUGUUACAACAGCACUAGGGACAGCCGCUACAACAGCACGAGGGACAGCAGUUACAACAGCACCAGGGACAGUAGUUACAACAGCACCAGGGACAGCAGUUACAACAGCACCAGGGACAGGAGUUACAACAGCACCAGGGACAACAGUUUCAAUAGCACCAGGCACAGUAGUAACAGCAGCACCAGCGACAGCAUUUACAACAGCACCAGGGACAGCAUCUACAGUAGCACCAGGUACAGAAGUUACAACAACACCAGGAACAGUAGUUACAGCAUUACCAGGGACAGUAGUUACAGUAGCACCAGGGACAGCAGUUACAACAGCACCAGGAACAGCAAUUACAACAUCACCAGGGACAGCGUUUACAACAGUACCAGGAACAGCAGUUACAAUAGCACCAGGGACAGCAGUGACAACAGCACAACGGACAUCAGGUACAACAACACCAGAAACAGCAACUACAACAGCGCCAGUGACAGUAGGUACAACAGCUCCAGGGACAACAGGUACAACAGCACCAGGUACAGCAACUACAACAGCACCAGGAAAAGCAGUUACAGUAGCACCAGGGACAGUAGAGACAGGUAUGAUUUUUAUGACUGGGGAAAAUGAUCAAUUAUAUUUUACUUAUAGUUUAUGCAUGUGUAUAAAUAUUUUCAGAUGUAUAAGUGUCUGA